CCGAACCAAGACAAACUCCGCCACCUACACCCGGAUCCGUACUGCAACCAACGUUCAUUAUAGAAGUAGCAAGAACCGAGACUCUCAACAGUUUGAAUAGUCUGACGGUAGAUUACUUUUCAGCUAAUGCACAGACCAAUCUUAUUCAAGUCUAUUUAGCGAUAAAGAUAUUUGAUCGUCGGCAGGACUCAACCGCAGCAAUGCUUGCGAUCCUCUACUUACGCAACAAUCAGGUCCCAAAUCCGGCACUAAAUGGUCCAAACCCGCCACCAAAUACACCACCCAUGAUAACAUUGGCAAACACGACACCAAAUCUUGCAAUUUCUUUCGGAACAGCACCAUUAAAUAAGCAAUCAACAGCUUUUAUUAACAAUACUGGUAUAUCGGCUGGUAGGUUAACUGGCUUCUUACAACGCACCGAUAUCGCCUGUACAGCAGCUGGUAUGCCAAAUUACCAAACAACUAUCCCUGCGAACUUACUUUUUAUGCCCAGAGUUGUUCCUGCUGGAGUGCCAAAUAAUUUUACCAUAGACCUAUGGGAGGUGCAGCAAGAAGCUUUGUAUCGUCUGGUGUGUAUUGCUUUCACGCUUCUCUGA